AUGGACGAGCCUGUGUCGGCCGUGUCGGCCGCGCUGUCCUGUGCGGCACCCGCGUCGCCGUCAUCAUCGGCGGCGGCGGCGGCGGCGUGGGUGGGACCAGCGGCAUGGGUGGGAUUCUCGUGCGCGCUCGCGCUCUUCAUGGCGGCGCGAGGGUUCAGGAAGCGGUCGCUCUCCUCAUCCGGCGCUGCAGCGGCGUUCGUCGUGGGAUCGCUCACCAUGACCGCCGGCGCCAGGCCGACCUUCCACUUUCCCCACCUCCCCGUUCGCUCCGUUCCCCAUUCCCCCCCUUUCUCGUCGUUCCCAUUCGCGCCGUGCGCGCGCGGCGGCAGGUUCGGCGUGACGCUGAUCGCCUUCUUCCUGUCGUCGUCAAAGCUGACGCGGCUCGGCGCGCAGCACAAGCGCCGCGUGGAGGAGCGCUUCAAGGAAGGAGGCCAGCGCGACGGAUGGCAGGUGCUGAGCAACAGCAUCGCCGCUACCACCGUGGCUCUGCUCUUUCUGUUGCUCGUUCUCUCUCCUGGCAGCUUCCCUGGUCAAGAAGCCUCCCCUCCUCAUCACCACGCUACAGGUAUGCUCCCUUUGUCUCUGUUGCUCUCCUGGACUCCAUCUACUGUCGCCCCUCCUCCCCUCUGCACCCCCUUAAGCAAGAAGCCUCCCCUCCUCAUCACCACUCUGCAGGUACGCUCUCUUUGUCUCUCUUUGUCUUUCCUGAACUCCAUCUCGCCCCUCCUCCCCUCCCCAACCCCUUAG